GCAAGGCGGCAUAAUACGAUGAGCUCUCUGCACGUUCACUGUAAGUUACAGGCGGCAGGGAGAAACUACGUAUGCUACACUCGACAGCACGAGCAACUGAUUUGGUUUUUAGUACUAACAGAUGGGAUUGACGUUUGGAGAACAGAAGUGAAUGAAGAAUAUGUGGAAAGACACAGAGGCGAAGUUCACUGUGCAGACAUCAGUGCUCUAAUACAAGAAAUCAGACAAGCUAUUGUAACAUGUCAACUGGUUGUGGAUCGUCAGGCUGAUCGCCUGUCUCUUAGUAUCGGUCACUGGCCUCUUCACUUUGAUUUGUUUGAAGUGUCAUCAAGUGAAAGAAAGACCGAGCUGCAACAUUUUAUAUUUUGGUUGGCAGAUUUAUCUACAGAUUUGAAAGCUAGACUGCAAGUUGCCAAUUCAAAGAUUGAAGAAUUAUCACAAAAACAAAAGAUGUCAGAAACUGCUGCUGCAGCUGCAUUGUAUGAGCCAGAAGCAAAGAAAAGGUCAAAGCAACCGAAACUUAAGCGUCAAGUUGGCACAAGUCUCAUCAAUCCCAGCAGCAAGAAGAAGAAAUCAGCUGGUGGUGUUGUGUUUGAUUGAUUGUCAGAAUAAGAUGGCUAAGUUAUUCGAGGCUUUCAAGUUAAUUGGUUAACGCUCUGAGUUUUCUACUUUCUACAGCUGUGUAAGUGUGCUGUUGCUAUAUGUUGUAUCAUACUGUUCAGUGUAUGUGUUUUGGCACUUAAUUAAAUGUAUGAACAUAAUGCACAUUGCAUUUUUAAAUGUCAUAGCUGGGUUGCUUCUUGUAUUGUACAUUAGUAUGUCAUAGAUACAUGAAUCCUAUCACAACA